AAAAAAAAAAAGGAAUAUCAAAUUGAAUUUAUGAGUAUACAUCCAGGUACGCUACUAUUACUAAUACUACUACUACUAUUACUAUAUGCUUCAGAGAUUCUAGUAUGCAAAUCAUCUUUAUCAUUUAAUAUACGAUGCUUAACUUUAUUUUUAACAAUUGACUAUAGCUACACAAUAGGGUUAAUCUUGGUGAACAAAAGGGGGAGGAGAUAUAGUAAAUAUAUUUAUAUCCUCUACUAGUAGUCAAUUUCUUUAUGAAUGUGCUAUGUAGAUAAAUUGGUAGCUCAUCCAGUAACGAGAUACGUAUUUUUCAUUUCUAGUAAAUAUUCAUUAAAACUGGUUUAUGGUUUUUUUCUAAAAAAAA